AUAGUCCGCUAAACAAAACUUGGCGCAGGUGGAUUCCGUGUUUGACUUUUAGAAUGUUUACAUUUACGGUGGAAGUAUUCUAUGCAUUAGUUUAAGUCAGAAUGUCUGAUUGCGUUAGUGGGGACUUCAGUGGAUCUGAAGAUUCAAAUAGUGUUAAAAGUUUGACAUCUAGUGUGACAGACCUGCUAACUGAUAAGAAGUAUUCUCAUGUUUGUGUUAUGACAUACUGGGCGAAGAAGAAUGUUGUGCUUGGUGUAGACCUUUCCUAUAUUGGCCAAGACUGUUUUGCCAUUCCUAGCAUUUUAGGAAAAAUCUAUGGUAGUCAAACAAGACGUUUAGAUUUGAGUUUUAAUAAUAUCAGAUCUCUUGAUAACCUAGAGCUAUUUCCUGCCCUUGAAGAACUCAUUCUGGACAACAAUGAUUUAAAUGAUUUAGUUUCUUUCAUUCCUUUGCCACGCUUGCAUACUUUGUCCUUAAACAAAAAUCAUUUUCUAGAUUUGGAAACACUUUUAAAACAGUUAUCUCGAUGUUACCCAGAAUUAACUUAUUUGAGUCUUUUGGGUAACCCAGCUUGUCCAGAUCAGCUGUCAAAUUUGGAGAAAGAUGAAGAAGAUUAUCAAAGAUACAGAUACUAUAUUUUACAUCAAAUUCCUAAUUUAAAGUUUCUGGACUCAACGCCUGUCAAAGCUUUUGAGAAAUUGGAAGCGAAACGAAUUGGUUCUUACAUGAAAGUAGCUAGACCAAAAGUAGACAUUGCUCAAGAAGCUAGUGAUGAAAUCGCAGAUUCUCGUUAUUCACCUUUACCUCCCAACAUGAAAAGGGAAGGAACGCAUAGAGGAUCUUUCGGUCGACUACGGCAAAGAUAUACAGGAACACAAUCAGAAGGCAACAGAUUCAUUCGAGAUAACGAAUUAUGAGGAAUAAUCUGAUUGAAAAGUAUGAACAUUUCCUUAGAGUAUUAUGUUCUCCACGCUGAAUGCAGAAUGGAAAACUCAUGACAGAUGGUGCUAACCUAUCGUCUUCCAAAGUGUUAUGUAUUGAACUUUAACUUUUGAAGAGGGCAGCAUACCUGCAGAAACACAGCAACUUACUAGUCAGAAGUAGCCUUGAGUGUGACAUUUAUUACUCAUAAGAAAAUAUUUUCAGAGCCUUUUGUUUUAUGAGUUCUUGUGUUCAUUUAUAUUAAUAUCUGUGAAUUCACAUUCUUUUAUUCAGUAUUUGGUAUGCUAUUUUAACAUAUUUUCUCAUUCAUGUUAUUAAGUUUAAUUAAAUGAAAUAAAAUACGUAUUUUAAAAAUUA